AUGGGUGUCUCUAUUUGUUUUACUACGCUUAGGUUGGUUUGUAUCAAAAGUGAAGGUGGUGAGAGUUGGAUAGAGAUGGCUCAGAAUCCAAGAGUUAUGCCAAACUGUGCUUAUGCUUCUAAUCCCUAUCAUGAAUGCACUUCCAAUUGCUUGCAAAAGAUCAAGGAGUCCAAUUCCAAGCCACCUAAGAGUAAAAAGAGUUUUGUUUAUCGCAAAAGUGUUACGGAUGUUGGUAAAACCAAAAAGACGAACGAAGAAAAACGCACGAUCUCAGGCUGUCCUAAAGCAUCCAAUCCUUACCAUGAGUGUGAUGCAAAUUGCCAGAAACGAAUGUCAGGAGCCGAUUCAGGUGUCAUUUCAUCGAAAUUUGAUAGGAGGAUUACGAUAGGUUCUAAGCCUGAACUCCCGGUUCUUGACAAUAUUCCAGACUCAAAAGUCGGAGCUAUUUAUCUCAGAGAUGCUGCUUCACCAAUAUCAAAAUAUUAUGAAACGAAAAAGUUGGAGGCGAAACGCAAUGAGAUAGUACCAGCUUCUGAUGAACUACAUACCCUUGAUGUCAAGCCUGGCAACGGAAAAGUCCAACCAAAGCAAGCAGGAGACAAAAACUCUUCGCCGAAAGUUGUUCCAAUCGCCUGCAUCGAUGACAUUGGAGAAGGUUUAACUUCAGCUGGUGCAUCCAAGCACUUCAGUUAUUCUGAUAUUGUCUGUGAUAAUGAGGACAGUGAUGAAGAAGAGAACGAUUCCGUGGUUUCCGAGCGACGUGUUCCAGUUGGAAAAUACCAUGUGAAGGAAAGCUUUGCUUCUAUCCUGCUAUCCAUCAUUAAAAAGUAUGGUGAUAUAGGCGAAAGCUGCCAUUUGGAAUCCGUCGUGAUGCGGUCCUAUUACAUCGAGUGUGUGUGCUUUGUGGUCCAAGAGCUGCAAUCGUCCUCGAUAAUGCACUUAACAUCGUCCAAAGUCAAGGAACUGUUGGCCGUUCUUAAAGAUGUAGAGUCUGCUCAACUUCGCGUGGAGUGGUUGCGUACGAUCGUCAAUGACAUUGCUGAAAACAUCGAACUCAUCAACGAGCACCACACCGUGGAAACGGAGAAGGCUAACUAUGAUAAAGAAAUGAUAACAUUGAAGAAAGAGCUUGAAUCAAAAACUGAAAUUCUUGUUCAGAAAGAACGUGAGGUGACGGAUAUUAAAACAACGAUCGACGGAAUCAGAGAACGUCUCGGCGAGCUUGAAGUGAAGUCAUCUGAUUUGGAGAAGAACAUGUUGAGUAUCAAGUCAAAGGUUGAUAAUUUGGAUAGCAGAUCAUUGCUAGAUGAACUACUUUAA